UCCACUGAAGAAUGCAAGGCAACAGACAGCCUCCAAGUAACAGCUAUUUAUUCAACAGGUCAUCAUAAUCAACGAGCGCUCACUUGUUACAUUAUAACUCAGAGCUUUAUGAUAAAGAUGCCAAGGUCCUUUCUGGUGAAGAAACAUCUCACUAAUAAGAAGCCAAACUAUGGAAUUUUGGAUUCAAAAGCAGACGCUCUCCACACCAGCCUGGUCCAGCCUGAGGUACCAUGUUACAUCCCCAGCACUCCUCAGCCCCUGGAGGGUUGGCUGCCAGGACCAAGUCUCAUCCCCACACCAGCCUCCAUGCACUCUCCACAGGUAGACAGGCUGCCUUCAAGGGACACAAGCUUGUCCCUGCAUAGCUCAACACAGGAAAUCACCUACCCCCUGUCAGUGUCUCACAACAAUCCGCUAAGAGACUCACACUCCAGUCUUGAGCCCCUGGGAACCAUGGAACCCCAGACCUUCCUGCCCUCACAUGACUUCAGACACCUGCAGGAGAGGGGCAGCAUGCCUAAUCCCCUCCUGGGUCUUGUCCACUCUGGUGUUAGUCAGGAGCGCUUUGAAUUCUUCGACUGCCACAAAGCCUACUUCACCUUCUCUGGGCUGGCCAAGCACAAGCAGUUGCACUGUGAGUGGCAGUGUCAUAAGUACUUCAGCUGCAAGUACUGUGACAAGGAGUACGUGAGCCUGGGAGCUCUGAAGAUGCACAUCCGAACACACACUCUGCCGUGCGUCUGCAAGCUCUGUGGGAAGGCCUUCUCCAGGCCUUGGCUGCUCCAGGGACACAUUCGCACACAUACAGGUGAGAAGCCCUUCUCCUGCCCACACUGCAGCCGGGCGUUUGCUGACCGCUCCAACCUCAGAGCACACCUACAGACACACUCUGACAUCAAGAAAUACCAGUGCAAGAGCUGCUCCAAAACCUUCUCCAGGAUAUCUCUGCUCUCCAAGCAUGAAGAGGCUGGCUGCUGCCCACUGUCCUGAUGCCAUUUACUGCCUGUGCUGCCCACUCUGUGCCUGUUGUCUAGACUAUGUCUGGUUCUACUAACAUCAGACUGCUAUACCCUCACAAAGCACUGGAGAUAAACUACUAUUCGUGACACGGAGCUCUGACUACUGAAUGUUUUUGGUCUCUGACAUUUCAGGGUCAUGAAAUAAGCGCAAUGGACUGUGUCCAAAUACUUUUUAUGUCAUAUAUUUGAUAUAUGAAGUAGUUUGACAUCAAGAAAAAAUGAGAACGGUUAUUGCAUGCUGCCAAAAAUACUUGAAAUUUAAAAGCAUUUAAGUUUUUGAUUGUGUUAUUGAUGAUUACCUGUGCCUUUUGAGGAAAUGUAUAGCUGGAGUAUACCAUUU